CAUAUUUAUUUUUGCCAUUCAAUUGCAUAAAUUAAGUUGACAAAUAAUUAAAAGAUAUACUUAAUUAAUUAAUUAUUAUGGCUGAUGAUGAACAGAGGAAGCCAACUACCAGAAGAACACCUCUUAGCCAAAUAGAUGAGGAAAGGGUAUGUAUUAUGUUGUCUAUGGAUGAAACUGAAAGUGAAAGUGAAGAUGAGGAAAUUACUGCCUCUGAUGAAGAAUUUUUAGACAGUGAAAUUCAAGAUUUCGAGUUAGAAUUCUACGACGAUGACUAUGAUGAUGAUAACAUGGAGGAAGAUGAUGUUGAUCCAGAUGAAUUAUCUUAUGAGGAAUUAAUUGCUUUAGGAGAAUUUGUUGGAGUAGAGAACAGAGGAUUAACUGAAGAAGAAAUCAACAAAUCCUUACAUUCUUCAACAUUUCAAUCCAAUAAUUCCAAGACACUUGUCAACAAGUGUGUUGUGUGUCAAUUGGAAUAUGAAGAAGGAGAGAAGUUAGUAGCACUUCCAUGUGAUCAUCCCUACCAUUUAGAUUGUAUUAAAAAAUGGCUUCAAAUAAAGAAGGUUUGCCCAAUAUGUAGUGAUGAGGUCUCAUCUACUAAUGUUCCCAAGGAACUAUAGCUCUAUGUCACUUGUAUUAUAAACCAAAUUAUUGUAUUGAAAUUAAUCAAAAGAUUUAUUGAAUGUGUCAAGGGAAAUUUGGAACAUGGAUUAAAUGCACAAUUUUUUCAAAAAAAAAUGUUGUACUAACAUAAUUUCUAUUUGAAUUAAGGGGUAUGACCUUCAUAUUCUCUGUUUAUAAAUGUAUGUUGUAUAUGGACUUCUAACAA